AGGAAACUAUUUUAUUUUAAGAAUUCAGAACAUUCUGGAUCAACAACUCCAUCACCCACAAGCCAAGAAUCUUUAUCUACUUCUAUAAACUCUAGCUCAGAUGGAGUGAGGCAUCGUAACCUUCCACAAGCACAAAGCAAUCCUGUGCAAAGCCACCAAUUCCCAUAUUUAAUGCAAGGCAACAUAGGCACCCAGUUUCCAGGUCAAGGUGUUUCUACUGGAUUUUCAAUGUACCCUGCAUUCAGCCCAUUACAGAUGAUAUGGUGGCAACAAAUGUAUGCACGUCAGUACUACAUGCAAUAUCAAGCUGCAGUUUCAGCCCAGGCAACAUCCAGCACUGAGCCAGUCAGAUCAGCUGUCGCGCAGCCUGUAAAUUCAGAGCAUGUUCCUGCAAAUGAGCCCCCAGCAGUGCCAAACGUAGCAGCACAGGAGAACAGGCCUGUAAACCAGAAUGUUCAAAUGAAUGCACAAGGAGGUCCAGUAGUGAAUGAGGAGGACUUCAAUCGAGACUGGUUAGACUGGAUGUACACAUUUUCUAGAGCAGCUAUUCUCCUCAGCAUUGUAUACUUUUAUUCUUCCUUCAGUCGGUUUGUCAUGGUAAUGGGAGCCAUGCUACUGGUUUAUCUACACCAAGCUGGAUGGUUCCCCUUUAGGCAAGAGGGAGGCCAGCAACAGGCAGCCAAUAACAAUGCAGAAGUGAACCCUGAUGGACAAAAUGUAAAUAACCCUGACCUUGAGGAGAUGGAGCGUCUUAUGGAUGAUGGGAUUGAUGAAGACAGUGGAGAAGAUGCAGGUGAAGAUGGCAGUACAGAGCAGCAUCCUGGAUUCAUGGCUUCAGCUUGGUCCUUCAUCACCACCUUCUUCACAUCGCUCAUCCCUGAAGGACCUCCACAGGUUGGCAAUUAGGCUCAAGAGGAACUGUGCCAGGCAGCAUAAGAAGCUGUACAUAGAAGAGGGAGCUGAAUCUAGGGGGCAUUUUAAAUACAGUGCAAUUUCAAAAGAUUUAUAUUAACUUUUUGAUCAUGGUGUACAAAAAUGUGUAUUUUUCCCUUUUGGCUUUCUCAUGCAUAUGAAUAUUUUAAGCACAAGUGGAUUACUACAUUUUUUUUUAAGUUCUUCUUUUUUCUAAAGAAGAAUUAAAUGUAAAGAUACCGGUCUUCCAUGUUUUAUUUUAAUUUUAGUUGUAAAUUACACUGAGACAAGAAGUUUGUAGGUUGUGUGCACGAUUAUUCCUUUGAAGAGCUGUUAAAAGUAUAAAUGUCAACAACAAAAAACCUUUUAAAAAUGAGAUUUAUCCUCCUGGUAAAUUUAACUUAACUGUGAGUCUUCCUAAUAGUCUUAAACACUAUAUAAAUCCUCGUCUGAGUUUUGUGUUUAUGGCAUCCCCAAAAUAAUUCUAUUCAGACAAAAUAUUACCUGCUAAUGGUAUGUUUUUUUCUUGUGCUAUAAAGUACUAAGCCUCUCAUGUAAGAAGCUAGAAAGUUUAAAUAUCUUGAGGCUAUAUAGCCAGUUUCAAUAAAUUUUGGGGUGAUUUUCUCUUUUAGACAGCUCUUCAAAGAAAAUUAACAGUGAUCAAGUACAUCAUCAAUGUUUGAUACAUACAGUACUUUUUAAAAAAAGAUGUACUGGAAAAUAGACAUAUGUAAUUAGUUUUUUUAAUAAAAACCAAGUUACAGUAA